ACAAAGUUUGCUCUCAUUUCCCAAUAAUAUAUUGUAUAUAUGUAUAUAUGUAUAUAUGUAUUUCAUUCUCAUACAUUCCUGUACCGUACCGCAGGUUAUGUGUAUAGAGAAGCGUAAAUAGCCUUGUAUAGUAUUAGAUAUAGUCAAACAUUGUACAUAGAGUUCUCUGCAGUCUCGGGUAUAUUAUUUCGGCGCCGAGAAGUCUGGCGCGGUCGCCAGAGGCGCGUCUCUGGUUACUCGCCCAUUUGGGGCGCCAAGGGACGACCAAGGGGGUGGCCCCGUCGACUUCCCUUCUCUUCCCUUCCCUUCGCUCGUUCCCUUUCCCCCUUUUCCUCGCCGACCCCGCAGACCCCCUUCGGACCCCGAUGGGCCCCUGAGGCCACAUUCCAGGCGGACGCAAGUUUUCAAACAUGGCCGAGCGUGAAUGUAGGUCCUCGACCGAUCCUACGCCGUGUGGCAGGCGAUUCCCCCCUGCCUCUACUUCUCCUUUUCCCCCGGUGCGGUUCCAUGACCACGUUCUUCUCCCCCCCUUCUCGCCCGUUCUCCGUAUUUCCCUCGUCGAGCGAGGCUCCGUUCCGUCGGGUCGUCCGAGCUGGCGACACCCUGUCUGGCAAGACCAACGACGGACAAAGAAGGGGAACUACAACGUUGCCACGUUUAACGGCGCACCUAUCUUUGCCCAAGGACGAAUUGAAAAAUGAUAGACUUUUUUUUCAUUUGUAAAGUACGGUUGUUGGACAAAGCGUUGGUCGGUGGCUCGGGUAGCUCGAAUGAUGUAGGGCAAAUUGAAGUGUGGAUUAUUCAGAGGUUGAUAGAUUUGAUUAGAGGGAAAAUUCUCGGCUACUUGCGUCACGUUGGGUAUCGCAUGCCUAUGUGGUUAGAUCUGGCAACGUUUUCAGAGCUAAACUGCCGGCUCAGUCCACAAAAACAAGAUGAUCUCAUUCUAUACCGCAUAUGAGAAACUCGACCGUGCGUUGGUUAUAUUCCUCUUGCUCGCUCGAUCUGCUUUUCCCUAUGCCCAACUCUCUUUCUCUCCCUCGUCUCUCUCUUUCUCCCUCACCUUCUCUCUUGUUCUCUCCCGUAUUUCCUUCUUUACAUUGCUUCACCUCUCUCUCUAGAUUCGAAGCUUGAUUCGAACUUGUUCGACGGUUAGAGGCGUCGAACUGCGACAAGCCGCGCAAAGCGUCGGCGCCUCGAAGCGCAAAUCUAUAUGAGAUCAGCUAAUCUUGAAAUGACGCGCGUGCUUUUAUCUGACUAGCGCAACCUGCGAAUCAUAUGAUCGCGGUCAAAUAUAAUCAUAGUUGAAAGAGGCUAAAAUGUGAGAAGAUACGAGGGGCAGGAAACCAAGACUCAUCGUGGUAACCGUGAUAUCGACGGGGAGUCGGAGUCUUGGGUCUCGACGUUGCGCUAUGUUGCUGACGGUGAUGCUGCUGGGCUACGAGUAGACGGUCGCAGACAACAUGGCGCCGCGGCAAAGUCUUUCCCGCGCGUCAUUAACGGAAGUGAGGCGACAAAAUGGCGGAGUUUUACGGCGCUGAGGUGUGAAAGGGGGGCGCCUACGAGAGUUUUUGUGGCGUCCAGAAUGACUGGUAGUAGUGUUGCUGGUAGUGGACUCGGUGGCGGGGGCACCGGAGUUAGGGCAAAGAGAGGUGAGAGGCAAGGCUAUAACCGUUGGAAGCGCGGGGAACAGAGGGGUUCGACAGUCACAGAGGGGAUCCGAGCCCGAGCGGUGCCGUGGCGCGCCAGCCGACGUGGUGGGGAUGUAAAUUAGUUACGGCAUCUCCAAAGACCCAAAAGGAACUCCGCGCGCCUGCCGCUCCGUGCAAUGUUACGUCGUGGUUAAAGGAUAUUUUGCUAGGUGUAAUAAUACAGUGGAUGAAUAAGUGCCUUUUUUGUGAACAAUCGCGAGUGAUUAUUUUCAUAUGAUAUAUAUAUAUUGUAAAUAUACGGUAUCAUAAUUAUGGCGCAUGGUGUCGCCGACGUUUUAACAGCCGCCGAUGAAGAUAACUCCGUUAAAAUGGUGACGAAACAGCAGCAGACAAGCGUUCGAAAGACCGUAGGUGUGAUGGGAAGCAGACGGAUUUUCGCACCAGCUUUCAAACUGAAAGUCUUGGACUCUUACAGAAACGACAUCGACUGUCGUGGCAACCAAAGAGCAACGGCAAGGAAAUACGGUAUCCAUCGCAGACAGAUACAAAAGUGGUUACAGUGCGAAGAUAACCUACGAUCCAGCUGUCUUGACGCGUCCACAUCUCCUCCUGUAGCGACACCGGGACGUGGUCACGGUCAUUCAUCGGGCAACAGUUCAAUCGGGAAUUCCUCAGUUUCCGGGGCCCUCGCACUCGAGGGCCCGCGCGAGGCUGCCACAGCUCCAGUGCCGGCCUUGAACCUAAGUCGCGCCAGACUGCAUGGCGACGAAGAGUUGUCUCUUCCACUGGCGCAACAAGGGCCCCCCCUUAGGCAGCAGUGUCCCGCCUCACCCCGAUACGCAAGUCCGCGUCCUGCACCUCUGCAAAAUUCGGGGAAUUCGGCGACAUUGUCUCCCGGACAUCAGCCCAAUUGUUCGCCCAACGAUCAACAGCAUCAUCAUCAACAGCAUCAGCACUUCCUGGGUACCGCGCAACGUGACUUUCAUCUUGGUGUAGGAAUCGCUGGUGGCAUCUCCGAGACACCCCCGGGUCACCUGGACGCCUCCUCCAACAUACAUCAGUACGGGGCUCAAACCGAGAAUCGAAAGGGGUACUACCACCUAUCCAAUGGCAGCUACGAAGUUGACUCGGUUUCGUACGACGAGAGUACCGCGGAUUCCAAGAUCAUGUUCGUCGAGGGAUUGACGUCGUACGAUCGUAAUCCGAUCCAACGAUAUCCCCAAAAUACGAUUCGCAAUGAUAAUUUCCCGGAAAUGUCCGGUGCACCGCAAGAUAUUGAGAGUCAAAUAUCUGCUGCAGCAGUAGCGAUUAAGAACGAGCCAGUCAGCCUAGACGCAGUGGCGACAGUAGUAGCUACCGCGGCACCAGGGCCGUCCGAUCCACGGGAGCAAGCGACGGGGCACCCGAGUUAUCGCUCUUCUCUCUCCCCGUCGCUGGCACCAUCCCGAUGUGGCUUGUCACCGCAUCAGGCCACCGUCGUAGCCGUUCACUCCGAACGAUCACGCACGAGUCCUCCUCCUAUGAUACGAACACAAGCGAGCGACAACGAUGACGGCGGAGGUUCGCUUAGCGUCGGUGCUAAGGCCGGCGAAAAUUCCGGGAACGCACACAAGGAUGAGAACGACGCUACGGCGUCGCUACGCCAAGCAGCAGCAGCAGCAGCAGCAGCAGCAGCAACAUCGACGGUCGCGCGUCCGCACGCCUAUCCAGAACCACAUCAGCAACCGCAUUCACAUCAACAUUCUCACACAACAAACCCACAUUCACACGCGCAAAGUCAGCAUCAGCAUCUAACCCUAACAACGCAUGGAUAUCCUUCGGGGGACGGCGAAUAUACCGAUCGCAGUCAGCCACCUGCUUCGGCCUGUUCAGCACCGUCACAAUGCCGUUCCUCCGGAGCGUGCAGUCCCCCUCGGGAAAGGGUGCUCUAUUCGGAACCCCUCAGUCCGGGACAGAGUUUACCCUGUAGCCCGGAGAGUUCUCGGGGCCUCCUAAGUUCGGGGCACUCGACUACGAGUUCCGACAGCGAAACGGACGCCCUAGACUACUCGACGACAACGUUGGCCCCCACCUCCAACGACCUUGCGAGACGACGUUCCUUUUCGCUUCGGUUCAAACUCGACGUUCUCGAUGCUUUUCACCGUGACGCUGGCGUCAGCGGUAACCAAAGGGCCACGGCCCGAAAGUUCGGCAUAAACCGACGCCAGGUACAAAAAUGGCUUUCUCAGGAAACCGAACUCAGAGGCGAGAUAGCUCUGCGCGGCGGUAUUUCCAGGCAGAGACUCGGCCCUUUAUCUUCUACCGACUCUCCGAUUGAUCUACGGACCAAUCCAAUGCACCCCGAACAAUUUCAAACGCCACAGAGAUCCCCGCGGGAACGGGAUGCUUCUACGGAUUCGUAUUGCUGUUACAGUCCAGACACUGUCUCCCCCCAGAAACAAGGGUACUCAGUUUCCGGUGAAACAUCCGAAUUGUUACUGAGCUCUUCGUCGGGUGGACGAUGCAAUUUGUCCUGCUGCGUCGACAACGUAUCCUGUUAUUCUCAAGAGUCAUUACGAGUCUCGGAAUUAACAGUCUGCGGUAGCAGCUACUCCCGAAUCCAGAGUUGUCCCACAUCCGAAUCUCGCUCUGUCUUCGCGUGCUUCUCAAACAACGAUUCGAGGGAAUUGAAUUCCAUCGGUAAGAGGGAAUGUCCGACGUCUUGCUACGAUUCGGAACAUAUGGAGCGAACCACCACGCCACCCGAAUCCUCGUCACCUUUGAAAAGAUCGUGUGCCUUAUCCUGCUGCAGCAUCGGCUACGCUACUUCGCCGAAGAGAUUACGUUCGCAUACCACAGCGGAGGAUGAAAAUCCGGCACCUCAAGACGCGCCCCUCUGCCUGGUCAAACCUAAAGGUAUACCAGAAUUCCCUUCCCAAGUUGAACCUGUUACCAGCACCGUACCAACCCCACCGGCACCCCCGACCGUUCCACCGGUUCCAACAUCUGUUGCUCCGGCAAAACGAGAUGCCAUCCUUUUCAAACCAUACUUGGAUAACCCCAUAGCGAAACCCACCGACGAUCGAGUUCUAUCCAACAGUCCUCCUCAUCAUAACAACAACAACAACAACAACAACAACAACAACAAUUGCCAUAGCGUUUGCAAUUUGAACAGUAGUAUCAACAACGUACUCACCGGAAACAGGAGCGGCGAUAGUUACGCUCUGGAGUUAAGCUUGAGAGUUCCGAUCUCCUGGGGAACACCGGCGCGAGGUAUUUAUUCCGAUAUAUCGCAGGUAGGGAGUGCUUUCGUCAGAUAUCCAUCAGCUCCCCAUUACACGUAAUUCAACGUGCGCUCGAAUCUGCGAUCAUCGAUCCGCGAUCAACCCACGGUUAUUGGCAUCUAUGAUCUUUCUUCGUUCGUUCAUUGUUUUUUGCGUACGUAUUUUGAAAAAAUUCUAAAUUCUCAAUGACGUCGGUUUGACGGUUGUAACAGGUAUUAAAACAUUGCGGCAUAUGAAUGACGAUACCUUCAAAUGUACACAACACGCGCAGCAGAUAUAUUUACACAGAAACCCGAGUGUCUUUUACAUACACAAAACAUACACACAUACACGCGAGUGUAAUUUGUUAAAAUAACUAAAAUACGUGAGUUUUAUCACGUAUUUCACCGUUGUAUUCUAUUUGAGAGCAUGACCAAUCAUAGAAGAUUCGAUAAGACUCGUAAUCGAUGCUCGGACAAGAUUAAACCGCUUAGGGUAAAAUUGCCAUUGUCUGAACACCGUUACCAAAAUUGUACGAUUCUAUGCAGGAAAUAUAUCACGCUUUCGUCAUUAUUUCCCAUAGAGCGAUACGACUGAGGUAGCGUUACUAACGUUUGAAAAUUUACCUUAUUUGAUCUUCAGAUCAAACCUAGAUUACGAUGUAUAAAGCCGAGGAGAAACAGUUCAGAUGUACAAACCUUAGCGCCGUGUUAGCUCUGCAGCUUACCGAGACCACUAUCUCUUCACCCCACUUCAAAUAGGUAUAUAGAAAACAUAAGCUCGCUUUGUUAUCGCAGAUAAACCAAGUACAUCAGCUAGGCCGUUUAAAGGUCGUUGAAAGGCCGAUUGUACGUCGGGUGAUCUAUAAUUAUUAAAUUACGUCAGAUAUAUAAUAUAUAUAGUUCUACACUUACGGAACAACAAUAUACACACACACACACACGCGCGCGCGCGCGCGAACACCCAUACACAUCUAUUAAUCCGAAAGAUUGACUAUUUUUAUAGAUGGUAGGUGAAAAACAAGAACCCAAAGAAGAUAUUGCAGAAACAGAUGAAAUAAUAAAAAAUCGAUCGUAGAUAUUCUAUGAUAGAAUUCUGCAGAGUAUAUUAGUUCUAUUCCGCGAAUAAUCAUUAAUCAAACCGCAUGACGGCGUUGUAUAUAACGCGUCGGUUGUAUUAGAACCGACGAAUAUUGAAUUGCUCAAAAAACGAAAAAAAACAAAAACAAAAACUGCUUCCACAUAAAAUUAUUAUAACUUAAGAAUAAUCACGUAUUUUUUAUACACUAAACGCGAGAUUGUACAUAACAAUGUAAAUAAAAGCAUGUUGGAUCAUUAUUAUUUUUAUUAUUAUUAAGAAUAUUCUUAUUGAUAGAAUCAUUGUUCAUUAUGUUGCUAAUAAUAUUAUUAUAGAUGAUUGGUUUCUAUCAUUAUCGAAUAGGUAUACGAAAUUUUGUCAAACUAAUGAAACAUUCGCAGAUACAAUUCGUACAAGUGCAGUGCCUGUCCGUGUAAAUAGCAAAGGGUAUAGCUCGUAUUUAUGUCCAUAUCACCGAGUCGGAAAUUGAAAUAUUAUACCAGUGAACGAAUCUACGUAACAUUUGAAACGAAAAGUAAGAAUAAAAGAGGGGGGAAUUUGUUCAGCAAAAUUUUAUGAAUAUUUAACACAUGUAUAUUGGGGUGUCGACCAGUUAAUGUCGAAACGAUAUCCAAUACCUGUGCCUUACACUGUCUUGGGAAAAUCGAUGAACUUAGAGACAAAAAAAAAAAUAAAAACCAACGAUCAACUUCGCAUCAUGCCUCAUUCAGCACAGGAAUAAUAAAUUCGAAUGAAUGAAUAACAGAGAAAUUUAGUAGAAGAAAAAAGAAUAGAUGGUCUUGCUGCGAAAUGCAAUCCAAGUAUACAAAAAAGAAUAAUAUAUGAUGGAAAAAAAUGGAAUAAAAAUGAAUAAAUAAAUGAAAUGAAAUAUAAUAAAAUGAAAGUAAGAAAAAUGAAUGACAUGUACGGAAAUCUUAAGCCAUAAUAAUUGAAUAUAUUUAUACAUACAUAUAUAUAAUGCCAUAAUGUUGACAUAAUAAAACGAAAAUAUAGUAUUGUUGAAUGACUGAAAAAUAUGCAACUCUAAUUAUAGUAUAUUGUAGAUAAAUUAUAUACACGUAUAUGUAUAUGUAGGUACACGACGAUGAAUGAUGAUGAAUUUGUAUUACCUAUUGUACAGCCCCCAGAGUCUAAUACUAAAGCAAUAUAUUUUAAGCGUAUCAUAUUAAGUAUAAAACAAAAAAUAAUGAAGAAAACCUCUAGAUUUAUAUUUAUCCAAAUGAUAUUUUAAUACGGGAUUUUCAAAUGUUAUAUCGUAUAGAGAUUAUAAUAUAGAGCGAUGCCUCUGAAAUUUUUUUACCAACAAAAAUCACUGUGCCUUAAAUAUAUAUAUUUAUGUAUUCUUGAAAAACAAAAAGAAACAAAAUGAUCAAAGAUGUGCCGGAACAAAAAAAAAAAAAACUAAAUGAAAGAAUAGAGAAAUAAAUCUAUAAAUUUUGCCAAAGGCAGCUCACAGUGUGAUAUAUCAAACGAUAAUUGAAUGAUAAAAUUAUGUAAAACUUGUAGGAAAGUUAUAAUUGAAAGAAAAAAAAAACAUUAUUACCUA